AUGUCGAAUGAGCAGAUCCACCAGGGCUACGCGCAGCCUCAGGCGCCAGCACAAAGCUCAGCGUACCAAUACCUGCCCCAAGAACAUUGGCAACAGCAGCAAUACCAGUACAACCCGCAGAUGUACCCGUACUACGCUCCGGCCGGAGGAGUGCCGCCCGGGGGGAGUGUGUCUGGCUCCAACUCCACCGCGGGCGGCGGCGCGCCUGGUAGCGCGGUGGCCGCGACGGGGGUGAACUCCAGCGCGGCUGCGGCGAAUGGCCAGCCCGGGCUAGGGGUUGGAGUGGGAGCCGGCGCCGGCGCCGGCGCCGGGGGCGGCCCCGGGGCGCCCGCCGGCUCGGCGGCUACCGAGCUGUCGCAGUCCGGGCAGCCGCACCAGGGGCAGCCGGCGCAACAGCAGGCACAGCAGCAGCAACAGCAGCAGCAGCAGAUGGCCGGGUACUACUACUACUACCCGUCGGCCGCGGGCGACCAGCCGUACGCGUACUCGGCCGGCGCCUACGGCUACUACCCCUACGCGGCGUCCGGCGCGGCCCCGGGCGCGGCCGCGCCCGGGGCUCCGGGCACGGCGGCCGACGACGCAGACGCCAAGCCGCCGAACUACGCGGCGUACUUGCCGCACUACUCGUCCGCGUCGUACGCGCCGGCCGGGUACCAGUACCCGGGGUUCCAGACCAAACAGCUGUACGGGUACAUGGGCACGCCGCACGAGGAGCUCGCCGCGAUCGGGCAGCAACCGCAGCAGCAGCAGCAGCAGCAGCAGCAGCAGCUAGCCGCCGCCAUGGGGCUCGCCGCGGGCGCGCCCGCCAAACGCCGGCGCGGGCCGCGCUCACGUGACGAUUCGUACGCCGCGACCGCGGGCGGCAUCGCGCCCGACGGCGCCGCCGCCGCCGCGCUACAGCCGCACCACGUGCACGUGGACGCCGUCCAGGCGCGCCCCCGCGUCACCACCACCAUGUGGGAGGACGAGAACACGCUGUGCUACCAGGUCGAGACCAACGGCGUGUCCGUCGUGCGCCGCGCCGACAACGACAUGAUCAACGGCACCAAGCUGCUGAACGUGGCCAAGAUGACGCGCGGGCGCCGCGACGGCAUUCUCAAGGCCGAGAAGAUCCGCCACGUCGUCAAGAUCGGCUCCAUGCACCUCAAGGGUGUGUGGAUCCCGUUCGAGCGCGCGCUCGCCAUGGCCCAGCGCGAGAAGAUCGUCGACCAGCUGUUCCCGCUGUUCGUGCGCGACAUCCAGAGUGUCAUCCAGCACGGCGCGUCCUCGACCGUGGUCCCCGGCACCGCGGGCGCGGCGUCGUCCGCGCUGCUGAGCCACGUGCCGCCCGCGGCGUCUGCAUCCGCGUCUGCGUCCGCGUCCGCGGCCGCGGCCGCCGCCUCGGCGCUUUACCACGACAUGUCCGGGUCGCAGCCGGCCCAGAGCGUGUAUGCGCCUUACCAGCCGCUGGACUACGGCUACUCGCGCGCGCUAGCGUCGUCUAGCAGCGUUUCUGCGCCGCACGUCGCGUCGUCCGCCACGCCCGCCCGCACGCCGGCGUCGGGCGCGGGCAUGGUCGGCGUGGGCGUCGGACACGUCGGAGUCGGGGUCGGGGUCGGGGUCGGCGGCUCCGGCGCCGGGGCCCUCGAGGGCCUCAACUCGUCGGCGGCGGUCGCGUCCACCGCCGCGUCCGCUUCGCCACGCCAGGCCGCGGGGCCGCGGCUGUCGCAGUCCGCGCUUCCUACGCACGCGUCUAACGCGUCGCCGGUGACGCCGCUGGCCGCGCUGUCACAGGCGGCCAGUGCGGGCGUCAAGGACGAGCAACCCCACCAGCAGCCCGCGGGGCAGCAUGACGCGGCCGGCGGCAAGGAGGGCGCGGCGGGCGCGGAGAACGCGGAGUGGCGCGAGGCGACGGGCGGAGACUGA